AUGGAUGGACGGACAGCAGUGAUCAGAUCAGACGAGGGAACGGCCUUCGAGAACGGCAUGACGGAGACGGACGGCUCGACAAAUUCCGAAGCGAUAGCACCGCUACCUCUAGCUUCGAUUACCAACCUCGACCUCGACCUAGACACCUCGACCUCCUCUACACAGACAGCUAUCACUAUGUCGGCCCAGAACUCGGCGGGUAUCCAGACCCUUCUCGAUGCUGAGAGGGAUGCUUCCAAGAUUGUGCAGAAGGACCGCACAAAGCGCGUCCGCGAAGCGCGCGACGAGGCCAAGAAGGAGAUAGAAGCGUACAAGGCAGAGAAGGAGGCUGAGUUCAAGAAGUUUGAGGCUGAGCACACAAAAGGAAACAAGGCCGCCCAAGACGAAGCCGACGCCGAAGCUGAGACGCGCAUUCGCGAGAUCAAGGAGGCCGGCAACAAGAGCCGCGAGCAGGUGAUUAAGGAUUUGCUGCAUGCUGUGUUCACUCCUGUUCCCGAGGCUAUGGCUGCUCAUUAA